GUCGCUGGCUACCAGCGACAACGGUAGUCAUUGCUCUUGAUCUCAAACAAGCCGAAUACACGUAGCUAACUAAUCGGGUGACCAGUAAUAGUUUCGUCGAAAAGUAGAUUCUAUUAUUUCCCAAAGUCCAAAGAUAUAUUGCAUUUCGUCAUCGACAAGAAUACUAUAUUAAGCGGAUAUGGGUGCUGCAAACACUAGUAAUAUUUUGCCAUCUUCUUCUGCAUCAUCGAUUCCUUUGAGAGCAAGGAACACUGAAAAUCCUCAAGAUAAUAUUCUUCAUUGUGUUGAUGGUGCAAAUGAAGAUACUUUGCGAUCUACGGGUUACAACAACGUUACUGGAGAACCUCGAGCACAGAUGGAUACUUACGUUACACGAUGCUGCAACACAGAUUGGAAAGCUGUUGGAGAAGCAGCUAGCAAUUGUUCUUCAUUGAAGUUAAAGCAUCGCGAAAAUAUGGAGCUUUCCCAGAUUAUUUUACAAUUAGCUAAGGCUAAUCAACAAUUGGCUAAUGCUCAUAAUACAGCGUUGGCACAAUUGGAGGGACUCUAUAUAGAAUUACAAAGGGAAAAAAAUGCACAGAAAUUAAUUUCCAAUAAUAGCGAAUUAGCUUCGUCUAAUAUACCACCUUCGAGGAAAAGACUAUUGAGUCAGGAUACAAAAGGAGAAUCCACAGAAGAGAAUGAUUCGAGAAUAAAUCUCGAAGGUCGUCGUAUAGACAACAGGCUUGAAAGUGUUGUAUCUGAAAGAUCUAAUGUUUUUAGAGAUGAACAGAAAAAUAUCUUUCAGGAUAGAGUACCUCGCGUAGAAAUAAAUCAAUCUAAUGAAUCUUAUAAUUCAGAACAAUUUCCUCCACGAAUAAUUAAUCGAUAUUAUAGGGAACACUCAAUUAAUUGUCAAGAAGGAGAAAUGACCGUACGGAAUAAUGAAAAUAGAGGAGUACCUUGUUGUAAUACGAAUUCGUACGAUAAACAUGAUCAUCGAGGGGAGCAACAGGAGCACGUCGAAAGAUUGACUAACGAUGAAAUGAUUCAAUUAUUCGAACAACUACGUGCACUAAAGGCUGACAAAGUCGAAUAUCAAAAUACGAACGAAAGAUUAAAUGCGAAUAUUGCGGAACAAACAAAAUCUACUGAAAAGUUAUGUAAGGAUUAUGAGAUGUUGAAAGAACAAUGCGAACAUUUAGAAUGCAGCUUAAACGAACGUAGAAAUCAGCAUGAGAAGCUUGUAAAAGACUUCGAUUUAUCUAAAAACGAAAUGGAAAACAUGAUGAAGGAAAUAAACUCGUUUCAGUUAGAAAAAGACACUGCCGAAGCUCGGAUCUCAAGUUUAGAAGGAGACUUGAAAAAGGUUAUUAAAGAAAAUGAACAGAUUAAGGAUAUGGAAAAUGAUCAAAUAAUGAAGUUAAAGGCACAAUUAGUCGAGGAAAUAUCUGAUAAAAAGAAACAUAUGAAGAGCUUGGAGGAAGCACUGAAUGAGAUUCAAAGACUGAAGGAAGCUAUGAAGACUGAUAUGAAAACCGAUCCGACCGAUGAGACUAUUACAAAAGAAUUACAAAUUGACUCUACACAAUCAAACGAGAUAUCUGAAGAUCCUGCUAGCACAGAUCGUGCUAUCGGUAUGGAUUUAUUCAAGAAAGAAUUAAUAUUGAAGAGAGAAGCAAGACAGAGAGCUAUUGCUGCAGUAUCAUCGGAAAUGGAAAGACUUAGGCAAGAAUUGGAAGCAGAAAAGGAAGCACAUUCUGAGACAUCUAGGGUCCUUGAUCUAUUAAGAUCAACUCAAUCUAGUCAUCAGAAUGUGUGUGAUAAUACUGUGAUUUGUGAUAAUAGAAUUAAUAAGAGAUCUAAAUCCAUCGAUGAAGAUUCGGAUGACAACGAAAUGUUGCUUAGACGUAUCGAGGCUCAACGACUCAGUAGUAUUUUAAAGGUUUCUGAUGAAUUACGAAACAAUAUACGUUUCCAAAUAGAGAAAGUAGAUGAUCUUCGAUACCAACUGGAAAGUGAACCCGAACAACACCGAUAUAUCAUUCGUUGUUUAACCGACGUUACCAACAAGACGAGAGAUACAUUGAAAACUCGUGAACAUCGUGCUAAUGAAUUGAAAGAUUAUCUAGCACGUAAUCUAGCACGAUUAAAUGACAGAAGUUUUUUGGAUACGGAUGAUCUUAGUGCAGAAUGUGAACGUCAAUUGGAAAGUAUCAAUAGUUUGAAAAGUUUAUACAAUGAAAGAUUAAGAGUAAUAACUGAAUUGAAGGAUACCGCUAUUAAAGAACUUAUCGAUGUUAAGGAAAACCUUAAACAUACCUCAAAGGAGCGCGAAGGUUUAGAAGAAGAUCUCAGGAAAGCAGAAGAGAAGAUUGACGCCCAAGAUACAGAGAUCUCAAACCUAGAAUCUCAAUUAGGUUUAACCAAAGCAGAUUGUAGAGAUCUUCAAAAUCAAAUGUCGCUUAUCAACAGUUUGUUCACUCAAAUGCUUUUGGGAGCUUCUUCCGCUGACAUGGACUUGGAUAGAUUAUCACAAUUAUUACAGGAAAACCGUGAUCUCAUAACUGACAUAGCAAGAGAUAAUUGCACAGAGGCUGCUGCACUUCCAAAACUCUUGUUAGAUUUGGUAGAACAAGUUGAUGGUAAUAAAGGAUUACAAAAACGUAACAACGAGGAUGAUCAACAGCAUGAAGAAAUAGCUCAUAACUUACCAAAGGUAUGGCGUGUUUUGUUGGAAUUGUUAAGUUGUCACGCUGCUGCUUCACAAAAUGCAUCGGCAACGUCUUCCUCGGAUUCCAACAGUUGUUAUAAAUCUGUGGAUACACCUAGUGGCCCAAAAUUGGUGAUAUCUGUUAGUAAAACUUAUAUUCACUUGAAGGAAUUAAUUCUGGAAAAGAAACAUUUGGAAAAAGAAAUGAAUCGAAUGAAACAAUUAAACACGCAUUUGGAAAGCAAACUAGGAGAACAGGAAAAAAGACUUUCGGAUGUAACUGCUGAAUUAAGCAAAACAUGGAACAUUGUUGGUCGAAUGCAAGCUCAACAUCAGCAAUUGCAUACACACGAGAAAAUUCUUAGAUACGAGUUGCAACAAAAACGAAAGAUGUUACAAGAAUUGAAAUUGGAAUUGGAAUAUUGCAGAGAAAAGUGGGAAUCAGCGAGACAGAAAAAUACUAAUACUGAAUUAGAAUGGCGAAGUUUACGACGUGAAUUUGCUGCAAGGAAAAUGCUUUCUGUCCAUGAUUCUGUUAAUAACAGUGCUGAGAGUGGCUUUAGCGAUGAACGAGGUGACGAUACCGAUGAGGAAGAUGAAACUGUUGAAGACAGAGUUCGAAUGGGUUUAACAAGAAGAACCAGAAAGGAAAGUCCGAAAAGUUCAACGAUGUCAACUGUAGAAUUGGAACAACCUGAUGAUAUUGGGUUACCAGAAACGAGUUCUUCCAUUGCUUUAACAACUCAAGUACCUGUAGCAGAAAAAGAGACUGAAUUUGAUGAGAUUAAGAUUUUGGAUACAACGUCAUCGUCAUCGUCAUCGUCAUCGUCAUCGUCAUCGUCAUCGUCAUCAUCAUCGUCAUCAUCAUCAUCAUCAUCAUCAUUGGUAGAACCUACAAAUACUCAAGAAUCAGAUCUCGUCGCGGAAGUUUUACAACAACCUUUGGAUCCCUUAGAUCAAGCUUUAACUACUGUAAUACGAAAUCUUAUAAAAAUAGACGAUGAUACGGAAUCGAGUAGUGAUGAAUUUAAUUCUAGAGAAAAUAUUGCAUUGCCAUUUAUACGUUUUGUUGAUAAUGUUAGAUCGGAAAAUAAUCAUGAGGAUAAUAAAAAUGACCCAUCGAUUCCGACAGAUUGUCUUAGUAAUAAUGAAACGAAAGAUAAUAUAAAUAUUCAAUCAUGCUAUUCUACAUCCGAUUCAAAUACAUUGGAGAUAUGUAACAAUAACAAAACUGACAAAGAAGUCACAUCAACUAGUAAUUCAAAGAUAAGCUUAGAAGAUGUUUCCAAUACUCAAGAAAAUUCUAAUUCUAUUGAGGAAUCUAAUGGUAAUAUUAUAUUAUUAAGUACAUCUAGUCCAACGCCAAUAUUUUCUAUUGGACCAUUUCCUGUGACUAGAAAUAAUUCACCCCCCAAUCAACUUUUUACACCAGCCUUAAAAAAUGCUUUUAAUGAAAUAAACUCAACAACAGAUAAUACACCUGUAACAAAUAUAAACAAAGAUGAAUCAUUGGACUCGAAAGAUUCUAAGAACGUGCUAAAAGAAUCAAAAUCAAAGUCAGAUUUGACUACUAACACACCUGAACAAGUAUUGACUGCGCGAGCUGACAGAUUAAAACGUUUGGAAGAACAAGCCCAGUGGUUAAUGAACAAAAUGAAUGCUACUAGUAGAAGAGGUUCUGCUCUUAGUACGAGGUUGGAAGCUCUUCAUGAAACUUAUGGUGAACCAUCGGCUCCGGUUCCGGACGUUCUGCAAAAUCCAAAUUUAACAUCAUCUUCUUUGUCUACUCUUUCUCAAGAGGCUACCACGUCAUCAAAUACUACAGAUAAUGUCCAAACGUUAAAUGAAGAUAAAGAUAUUGAUGAUACAUCGGCCGAUGAUAAAACAUCGUCAUCAUAAAUUCUGUAAACAAAUAUAGAGUAUACAAAUUAUUAUUACUUUA